AUGAAGGCAGCGCAAGUUCUCAGUCGGUUGAUGAUCAUCGGCGUACUUCUCACCGUUCCUGCUAACGCCGGCGAACUCCUAAAUCGAUUAAUCACGGUCUGUACCCAAGGACAGAACCCAUCUGCGGAGCUAGUGCAACGCUACAGGAAUGGUCAGUUCCCGGAUGAUCGUAACACCCACUGUAUGAUGCGGUGCAUUGCCCUGAACCUCGGAGUUUACGAUGACCUCAAUGGAAUCCACCUGCACGAUACUUGGCUGAUGUUCCGCGGAGGUCGUCCAGCUUCCUAUGAAAAAGCUUUCGCCGAACAGCAUCGCAAGUGUAUAGUUCAUCAGACGAGUAGCGUUCCAGAGGAGGAUUACUGUGGACGAGUCUACGCCAUCUACCAGUGUUACAAGGAUGAGUUCGAAGCCUUGUUGGAGAAUAUCCGACGGGGUGCUGUCAGGGCACGAGCUUAG